CAACCCCCAGCCCACAUCACCUCUAAAACCCUAAUCUCGCUACUCCUCUCUCCUCCCCUUCCCUCCUUUUCCAUCCCCAACUUUCAGACCCCCGAAACCCUAACCCUAAUGGGUCGAGUCAUCAGAGCUCAGCGUAAAGGUGCUGGCUCAGUCUUCAAGUCCCACACCCACCACCGCAAGGGUCCAGCUCGCUUCCGCAGCCUCGACUUCGGUGAACGCAAUGGCUACCUCAAGGGCGUUGUCACCGAUAUCAUCCACGACCCUGGUCGAGGCGCUCCGCUCGCCCGAGUUACCUUCCGUCACCCUUUUCGCUACAAGCAUCAGAAGGAGCUGUUCGUGGCCGCUGAAGGCAUGUACACUGGCCAGUUCGUCUAUUGUGGAAAAAAGGCCAAUCUCGUUGUAGGAAAUGUAUUGCCUGUCAGAUCCAUUCCUGAGGGUGCCGUUGUGUGUAACGUUGAGCACCAUGUUGGUGACCGUGGGGUCUUCGCUAGGGCUUCUGGUGAUUACGCCAUUGUGGUUAGCCACAACCCGGACAAUGGAACCUCUAGGAUUAAACUUCCAUCUGGGGCAAAAAAGAUUAUACCAAGUGGUUGUCGUGCCAUGGUUGGUCAGGUUGCUGGAGGUGGCCGAACUGAGAAGCCAAUGCUUAAGGCCGGUAAUGCAUACCAUAAAUACCGGGUCAAGCGUAACUGCUGGCCAAAGGUUCGUGGUGUGGCCAUGAACCCUGUGGAGCAUCCCCAUGGUGGUGGUAACCACCAGCAUAUUGGUCAUGCCAGCACUGUUCGCCGUGAUGCCCCACCUGGGCAGAAGGUUGGUCUCAUCGCUGCCAGGAGGACUGGUCGUCUCCGAGGACAGGCUGCUGCUACUGCAGCCAAAGCUGAUAAGGCUUAGAGAGAUUUUGAAACAUCUGGCGUUUUUCUUGUUUUAUUCUCUGUUUUUGUUUUCUCUUGGUCACAUUGGCAAUACUGCAGUGAAGGGUAUACUCAAGUGGCAUUUUUUUGGGACUAAGUUUAGUUUCCUAGAUGUCUUUUUUCUUGAAGAAUUACUUGGUUAUUAUGAUUGUUUUAGUCGAACUAGUCUUAUGGUAUUGUGUGAGUGAGGGGGCUUUGAUGGAUCAUUUUGUGGUAUUAAUGCUAAUUAUUCAUCAAUAAUGAGUAUCAAUCACUCAUUCAGGGA